CGCCCGGGACCGGGAGCGGUAUCGGGCUAACCGGGACGCGGGCACGGCCUCAUUUCCUGCCCAGGGACUGUUCCCAGCAGCGCUGUCGCUGCCGCUGCCCGCUCGGAGCCGCUCGGCUGUGAGGGGCGCGGGGCAGGCCGGGAAGGGCGCGGGGCAGGCCGGGAGUGCCCCGCGGCUCGGCGGAGCGGCAGCGGCACCGAUAGCAGCACCGGCACCGGCACCGGCGGGAUGUGGUACGAGAUCCUGCCCGGCAUGGCCAUCAUGGGCGCCUGCCUCAGCAUUCCCGGCAUGGCCACCGUCUUCAUGCACCGCUUGUGUCACGGCGGCAAGGAGAAGAGGAUCGCCCGCUAUCCCUACGAGUGGACCCUGCUGGAACGGGACCGGCGGCUGUCAGGUGUCAACAAGCACUAUGUGACCAAGGGUCUGGAGAACAUAAACUAAGGUGUCGUCAAUGUCUUGAAAAAAUCAUGUACCUGUAGAAAAUUAUUUUACUCUUAAAUAAAGCUAUACAUGUGUUCA